AUGAUGCUGCGGCCCUGCGAGAACCACUGCGAGAACCACAUGGUUCAUCCAACAACUUCUGUGACAGUCAGAAGUUCUCGUGACUUCAUGGGUUUCCUGCUCCAGGCCCGAGGUGCCGGGGGGCCAGAGGGGGGGUCCCGGCUGGGAAUGAGUGGCUCCUGGUCCCUCACCCCCCCUGGGACGCACACCUUGGGGUGCUUCAGCCCCGGCGACAGCCUCACCCACUCAGACAAACAGCUGAAGAGGAACCUGUCCUUUGUUUGGAGAGCUCCAGACCACCCCCUGGGCGACAUCCAGUUCUACAUCACAGUGGUACAGUCCUACUUUAUCUACUGGGCAGGGAUUAAGUCUCCAGUGGUGCAUGAUGGGAACAGAAGUUUCCAGAAUAGCAGUGACACCAUAAUGUCGAAUAGAAGCAGGCCACUGUCUGAACUACUGGAAGAGGAACAUCCUGUUCCAGUUUUCAGAGUCAAGACAAAAGCAUCCAACAUAACAGGCAGUGAGAUGGACAGCCGUCCUGCCGCCACGGGGUCCCCUCAGACGGACCAGAAGACUGACAGCUAUAGAGGAUCUGCUCGAGGCAUUACGAUAGACAGCAAUGAUCUCCAGCUCCUAUCAGUUAUGGCCGAACAGCCAGGUGUUGUCUCUCUCAAUCAGUAUGAUCCUACAUCAAUAACCUUUGAUACCCUAAUCUCAAACAAUACCUUAAAAACCAAGACCACUACACCUAGCGAAACCAUAGGCUCACCUAGCCAAACCACCAACACACCUAGCCAAACCACCAACACACCUAGCCAAACCACCAACACACCUAGCCAAACCACCAACACACCUAGCCAAACCACCAACACACCUAGCCAAACCAUACCAACACCUAGCCAAACUACCACCACACCUAGUCAAGCCACCAUCACAAGUAGCCAAACCAACAUCACUACACCUAACCAGACCAAUAUCACACCUAGCCAAACCAACAUCACCACACCUAGCCAAACCAACAUCACCACACCUAGCCAAACCAACAUCACCACACCUAGCCAAACCAACAUCACCACACCUAGCCAAACUACUACCACGCCUAGCCAAACCAACAUCACCAUACCUAGUCAAGCCACCAUCACAAGUAGCCAAACCAACAUCACUACACCUAGCCAAAUCACUACCACACCUAGCCAAACCAACAUCUCCACACCUAACCAGACCAAUAUCACACCUAGCCAAACCAACAUCACCACACCUAGCCAAACCAACAUCACCACACCUAGCCAAACCAAUACCACACCUAGCCAAGCCAACAUCACCACACCUAACCAAACUAACAUCACCACACCUAACCAAACCAACAUCACCACACCUAACCAAACUAACAUCACCACACCUAACCAAACCAACAUCACCACACCUAACCAAACCAACAUCACCACACCUAGCCAAACCAAUACCACACCUAGCCAAACCAACAUCACCACACCAAGCCAAACUACUACCACACCUAGCCAAACCAACAUCACCAUACCUAGCCAAACCAACAUCACCACACCUAGCCAAACCAACAUCACCACACCAAGCCAAACUACUACCACACCUAGCCAAACCAACAUCACCAUACCUAGCCAAACCAACAUCACCACACCUAGCCAAACCAACAUCACCACACCUAGCCAAACCAACAUCACCACACCUAGCCAAACCAACAUCACCACACCUAGUCCAGAGUCCCUUCCAGACCCAGACCUCGACCCUCGACCAGACCCCCUGAAGCCCAAACCAUCAGCUCCAGAGAGGGAGGGGAAGACCCCGAGUACCAAGCCUGGAAACAGGAGCUGGGAGCUGGGCAUGCUCCUGGGCAGCUGGGCCGGGCUCGGGCUGGCUCUGGUCGUGGCCGUCCGAUGUGUUUACCAGCACUGGUGUGGGAAGCAGACAGAGCUAAGACUGAACACCAGAGAGAGAGAAUACGAGAGAGGAGAGAGAGGACUGAUCCACGUCCAGGAGUGUGGAGACCUUCUCAGAGUUCGCAGAAUCAGAGAAAAUAGCUUUGUGCUCCUGGCUGAGUACGAUGUACGGACACCUGCUGAGCUUUGA